AUGACCGUGUCCUACACGCUCAAAGUUGCCAACUCCCGCUUCGGGGGCUUCUCCAAGCUGCUCUUCCGCUGGAAAGGCAGCAUCUACAAGCUGCUCUACAAGGAGUUCAUCGUCUUCGUGGUGCUCUACACGGUGCUGAGCCUCCUGUACCGGUGCCUGCUGAGCCAGGAGCAGAAGCGCCUCUUCACCAAGGUGGCCCAGUACUGCAACCGCUCCACGGACCUCAUCCCCAUCUCCUUUGUCCUAGGUUUCUACGUCACCCUCAUUGUGAACCGGUGGUGGGCCCAGUACACGAGCAUCCCGCUGCCCGACCAGCUCAUGUGUGUCAUCUCCAGCAACGUCCACGGCAAGGACGAGAGGGGCCGGAUCCUGCGGCGCACCCUGGUCCGCUACGCCAACCUCUCGGCUGUGCUCAUCCUCCGCUCCGUCAGCACCCGUGUGCUCAAGAGGUUCCCCACCAUGGACCAUGUGGUGGAAGCGGGUUUCAUGACACAAGACGAGCGCAAGAAGUUUGAGAGCCUCCACUCAGACUUCAACAAGUACUGGGUGCCCUGCGUGUGGUUCACCAACCUGGUGGCGCAGGCGCGACGGGACGGCCGCGUGCGCGACGACGUGGCUCUCCGCUUGCUCAUGGACGAGCUGAACCUCUACCGCGCCAAGUGCAGCAUGUUGUUCCACUACGACUGGAUCAGCAUCCCGCUGGUCUACACGCAGGUGGGUGGCCCCCAGCUCAGACCUCAGUAUGAAAUGGUCUUCUCCUCCCCACUGCGAUGGAGGACCCACGGCAGCCUCCUUCCUCCACCCUGCCAAGGGUCUCCCUCUCCCUCCCCCUCUAUAAAAGCGCUUUAUUCCCCUGUGGUCACCAUCGCGGUCUACUCCUUCUUCGCCUUCUGCCUCAUCGGGCGGCAGUUCCUGGAGCCGCUGGAGCCGGGGCAGGAGGGGGAGCUGGACAUGUACGUGCCCCUCUCCACCCUCCUGCAGUUCUUCUUCUACGCCGGCUGGCUCAAGGUGGCAGAGCAGAUCAUCAACCCUUUUGGGGAAGAUGACGACGAUUUUGAGACCAACAAGCUGAUAGAUCGGAACCUGCAGGUGUCCCUGCUGUCCGUGGACGACAUGUACCAGAACCUGCCGCCGGCCGUGAAGGACAAAUACUGGAAUGAGUCUGCGGCGCAGCCCCCCUACACCACGGCCACGGCCGCCGAGACCUUGAAGCCCUCGUUCCUGGGCUCCACCUUCGACAUGUGCAUGUGCGAGGAGCCGGAGCAGAGCCAGCCGGGCGAGGCGCUGCCGAGCUCGCCGCGUGUGUACACGCCGCUGCUCGCCCGCUUCCUGGCCGCCGCGUCCCCCGCCAGCCUCAGGAGCCUGGCCCGCGGCGGCCGAGCCCACGCGCAGCCGCGGCGGCCCCGGGCCGGCAGCAGCUCCCCGUCCCCCCGCGCCAGCCGCCCCGAGGACCCCGCGGCGGCGGCUGCCAUCGAGGAGGAGGACACGGAGGAUGAGGAAAGCCAGGCCGGCCAGGCCCUCGUGCCCGGCGGUCGCCUGAACGCCCCGCAGCUGCCGCAGAAGGAGGAGCUGCCGCAGAUCCAGGUGAAGGUGCCGUCCAGCGAGAGCCUCAGCACAGACCAUCGGGAUGCUGUGGAGCUGCCGUGA